AGGGUCAUUGUUGGAGGCCUAAAUGUUGCUAUGACUACUGCAGCCUUGGUGACUGAACUAAACAGAAAGGAGAGCCUGCUCAGUCUCCUCAGACUUAAGCAAGCAAGUCUGUAGACAUGUCUGCGGAAAAGAUAACAAAAGUAGAAGAGAACUUUCAAAAGGCCCUAGAAUUUAAGAAGAUGGUCAACAGGUGGCAAACUUCACAUAUUCACUGUGCAUGGCAGAUGACAUUGAGCCAGAGGAGAAACCCAUACACCAUCCUAAGGAUGCAGGAUGCCAUGGUAAAGGAAUUGGCACUGGCCAACAAACAACUACUGAUGGUCCGUCAAGCUGCCCUGCACCAGCUGUUUGAAAAGGAGCAUCAGCAGUACCAGCAAGAACUAAAUCAGAUGGGCAAAGCUUUUUAUGUGGAGAGACUCUGACAGCCUCCGAAACACUGCUCUUCCCUUCUUGCCAUACCUGCUAACGUAGCCUUCUUGAGCCUCUGCUACCUUGAACUUCCUUCCCCAAACAGCCUGAGCCUGGGACAAUUUCCCCAUCUUCAUCGCCUUCCCUGUCAAUCCCCUGCUUCCAACUGGGAAACAAUCUAUUUUUUAAAAAAAUGAUGAAGGGGGCUGGGGUUGUGGCUCAGCGGCAGAGUGCUCACCUGGCGCAUGCAAAGCCCUGGGUUCCAUCCUCAGUACCACAUAACAAUAAAUAAAGAUGUUGUGUCCAUCUACAACUGAAAAAAAUUCUUAAAAAUGGUGAAAACGAGUGACGCCUUGUGGUCGGAGUGGGAUCUGCAGCGUUGAUGUAAGGUGGUGGGGGGUAUAUAAUGGGAGUUGAAAUUCUGAUUUGAUUUAACAAAUAAAGCUACCUCUUAAAGGUUCACA